AUGGCUCCCUUUUCCAUCCAAGGCAAGACUGCGGUGGUCACCGGCGCAGGGUCAGGAAUUAACCUGGCUUUUGCCCAACUCCUCCUCAGCAAAGGCUGCAAUGUCGUUUUUGCCGACAUCAGGCUGCGCCCAGAGGCCCAAGAUCUGCUGGGCAAGCACAACGGCGCCGGCGACGGCCCCCGCGCCGCCUUUGUCGAGACGGACGUGACCGCGUGGGAGGAUCUCCGAAACAUGCUCGACUAUGCCGUGUCGGAGUUUGGCAGCUUCGACAUUGUGUGCCCCGGCGCGGGCGUCUUUGAGCCGCCCACGUCCAGCUUCUGGCACCCGCCAGGUUCCAUCACCAGCCGCGACUUUGUCGAGGCCAACCACUACACGUCGCUGGACAUUAACCUCACGCACCCAAUCCGCGCGACGCAGCUGGCCCUGCAGCACUGGCUGGCGCCGGAGAAUGCGGCCCAGCAGACGCCCAAUGCGCCCAAGCGCGUGGUCAACAUUGCCUCCAUUGCCGGCUACACGCCCGUCUUCAACUGUCCCCUCUACGCGGCGGCCAAGUUUGGCGUCGUCGGGUUCACGCGCUCCCUCGCACGGCUGGAUGCCGAGGUGGGCAUCCGUGUGAGCGCCGUGGCGCCAGGCCCCGUGAGCACGCCGAUGAUCUCUGAGCAUCCGGACAAGGAGAACCUCGUCGACGUUAACAAGGACGCCCUGGCGACUCCGCAAGAGGUGGCGGAGGGGAUGCUGCUGCUGGUCGAGUCGGAGGACUACGCUGGCGGUACCAUCCUAGAGAUUGUGGCCAGUUCUACUAGGAAGGUGUCGGUAUGGAACGACCCCGGCCCGAGCACGGGACCGCGCGCGGGGACAAGCUUGUCGAACAUGAAGAAUGCUGCGGAGAAUGUCGCAAAGAGCCUGAAGAACGGGACAUGGCAGACUGACUAG